AUUAAAGUCGAAUAUAUGUGUGAUGAAAAGUUAGUAGCCACAUUCCAAAAAUAGAAACAAAAGAAAGGGGUAAACUAAUAAAGGAUAUCCCAAAAAGGAAUACGGGUAAACUAAUAAAGACCGGAGGGAGUAAUUUAGAAAUGGCGCCUGCCAUUGUUGAAGAGGCAGAGAAACUAUGGGAAAUUUGGAACAUCCGUGUUUGCAUACUUUUAAGCUUCUUCAUUCAAAUUUGCUUAACUUUUCUUGCACCUUUGAGGAAACGCCACAGAAAGAUGAGCUUUCCCAUUUGGAUACUAUACUUGUUAGCGGAUACAGUUGCACUUUACACCAUUGGUUCGAUCUCUAAUAGCUCUGCCACCUCAAGCACAGAUGAUAUCUUUAUUUUUUGGUCACCUUUCUUACUAGUCCAUCUUGGAGGACCCGAUACAAUCACCGCUCUUGCUCUCGAAGAUAACGAGCUUUGGCUCCGACAUCUCCUCCAGCUUGCAACUCAAUCAGCAGGCACCAUUUACCUUUUCUACAAAGCAUUUCGGACAAACUCUGGGGAUGAUCAUCUGUUGAUUGCUGCAAUUAUUAUGUAUGUCAAUGGAUGUGUCAAGUACCUUGAAAGAACUACCUCUCUGUACUUGGCUAGCAUGGACACAUACCGGGAAUCCCUGCUAGGGAAACCUGAUGCUGGUCCAAAUUACGCAGCCCUUAUGGAAGAAUAUGCUUCUAGGAAAGCUGCUAAUAUCCCAGUAGACAUCAAAUCUAACUUAGAAACGGUUGCUCACAUUAGCAGUACUAAUGCUAAUGUGGUGGGUGAUUGUGAGACGGGAUCUGUAGAUCAUUGUGCUCGGACUAAGGAGAUGGAGUUGGUUCAACAAGCACAUGAACUGUAUCUAAAAUUUAGAGGCCUUAUAGCAGAUACAAUGUUCACCUUUAAAGAACGUAUUGAAAGCCGUGAGUUCUUCCUAGGCAAAAUUAAAAAUGGCAAUCAAGCAUUUAAAAUCAUCCAAAUCGAGCUCAAUUUCUUGUUUGACGUGUUUUAUACUAAGGUAAAUACAUUACAAAGAGCGCGUGGAAUCACUCGUGUCUUUUCCUCUGUUUCUGUCACUGCUUCAUGCUUGCUGUUCUACUUCAUGAGUACACACAACUACCGUAAGCUAGAUGUAUACAUCACUUAUGUGUUGUUAGGAGGUGCUCUUUUCAUGGAAGUAAUAGCUGUUAUUAUGCUCUCUUUCUGUGAUUGGGCUGUUGUUGCUGCAAUAGAAAGUGCUAAGAGAUGGUGCAAGGCCCCUCUCUCUGUUACUUUACUAGAGUUUUGGUUAAGGCACCGUCCUCGAAGAUGGUCUGAGGAGAUAUCACAGUAUGAUUUGCUCUACCAUUGCCUAAAUGACCAUUCUACAAUUGUGAAUAUCCUGCUUCUAAAGCGCGUCAAAGAUGUGGCAGAAGACUUCUUAUACAUUUCGAGAAUUAAUUUCGACAAUGAUAUAGGAAACCUUCUUUAUAUGGAGCUAAAGAUCAAAGCUACAGCAGCUGAAACAACAGAGGAUGCAAAGAAAGCUUGUGAAGCUAGAGGAGAUCUUGUUUUUUCGCCUGACGAAUUUGCUGAUUACUCAAACAUCUUACGCCCUUGGACGUUAGAUAUUGACUAUGAUGAGAGUCUUCUCAUAUGGCAUAUUGCAACAAAUUUGUGCAUUUUGAAUAAUCCUAGAAAAGAUGAUUGUGAAAGAAAACAGUCAGAGUUAUGCUGCAAGUUCCAGAAGUACAGCAGGAUGCUUGGAAAUUAUAUGAUGUAUCUCUUAAUCAUGAAGCCUUCUAUGACUUCUUCGGUAGCAGGAAUUGCACAAGUUCGACUUCAGGACACAUGUGAGGAAGCCAAAAAAUUUAUACAUAGGAAAUUACCACAGGAAGAAAUUGGGAAGUGGGCUAAAGUGGAGCGAUUUUUCAUCAAGUGUUUAUUUUGGCCUUAUGGUAUGAUAAAAGAUUUGAUGAACAAUUGCAAUAGUUGUAGGGAGAGAACUCCUGAGGCUAAAAAGAAGAAGGAUUCAAAGCUCGUCGAUAGUAGGCUUCCACAACUUUGUAGGAAAAUACUUGACGUGAACACGGAAUGGAAACCGGUAGAAGUGAAAGGUGACAGGAGCAAAUCAGUUCUGUUUGAUGCGUGUAGGUUGGCAAAGGAAUUGAUUGAGAUAGGAAAGAAGCGCGGCGAGGAGAAACAAUGGGAGGUGACAUUUAAGGUAUGGGUAGAGCUGUUGUGCUAUGCUGCUAGCCGCAGCAAACCUACUGCUCAUCUUGCACAACUGCGGGAGGGUGGAGAAGUUAUAACAUUGGUUUGGUUAUUGAUGGCUCAUCUUGGGUUAGGGGAGCAAUUUCGUAUUAAUAAGGGAACUGGGUGGGCAAAACUUAUUGUUAGAAAAUGAUCAGGUUAUUCUAAAUUUUGUCCCAUGAAUUAAUAUAUAUGUAGGCUAUGUUUAGUUCACCUGAAAUUUUCUAAUCUGAACUUAUCUGAUCUGAUCUGAACUUAUUUUUUCUGAUCUGAUCUGAUCUGAACUUAUUUUUUCUGAUUACAAGAUCUUAUCUUUUAGAUUUUUCUCAAUAUAUAA